AUGAAGCUUGAUAUUAUUUUUCUUUCUUACUUCUCCUCAGAGAAGAUAACGACCUGUGGGGGGGAAAGUUUUGUGCACCAUCUAAGCUGUGAGAGUGGAGUGAUCAGCGUGGUGACGGCUCUCUAUGGACGUGAAGACAGACAAACCUGCAGCGAGGACAGACCUGCAGAGCAGCUUACUAACACUCAGUGCUCUCUGACAGGAGUUGUCGAUUUCAUCAAGAACAGGUGUAAUGGCAAGAAAAUGUGUGACAUUGGCAUGGGUGAAAUCCAAACAUCGGAUCCCUGCGUUGGCACUUACAAAUAUCUGCAGACCAACUACAACUGCUUAGCAGCAAUUCACCUUGUUACAUGUGAGCAUUCCUACGCACAUCUGGAGUGUGCUGCUGGCCAGGUUCUGCAUGUCUAUGGUGCUGAUUACGGGAGACGUGACCACACCACGUGUUCUUACAAGCGAGCGACUUCUCAGGUGCAAAACGUCUACUGCUCGACACCUACAAGCAAAGUUGCUGAAAGCUGUAAUGGGAAAACCAGCUGUACCAUUAAAGCCAGUAACACUGUGUUUGAAGACCCCUGUGUUGACACUUACAAGUAUCUGGAGGUGGCAUACACUUGUUUAUGUAAGUUGCGCAAACAGCAAUUAGGAUCAUUUCAAUCUUCUGAAGAUAAUCUGCAGAGGUCUCUCAAACAGCAACCACCCCUGGACCAGCAGUAUAGUCAGGAAGAUGUCAGCACCCCCAUUCUACUUGCAACAAAGUACAUUAUCCUAAUCGGGGUCUCCAACAAUCCAGCUGUGAAUCUCUACGGUCAACUCUACACUCCUUUUAAGCUUUGA